GAGGUAUCGAGGCUGAGAAACAGAGAUCAAGAAAUGUUCUCGCUCGCCAGCCCACCGCGGGGGUGGCGGUCACCCAGUAGUUCUCUCGGACCUGGCCUACCCUCGGCACCAGCACAACGGGCCUAAUAUGGCCGCUGGUGCUGCGACUGGCCAGGCGCUCGGAGAGCCGAGCUGAGUUCCGGGGCCAGGGACUACUCCCGGCAUUCCUCGCGGGUGUGGCGUGGGUUCCCCUCCCCCAUCGCGGGUCCCGCGAGAGGGAGCCCCUCGAGCUUUCAGGUAACAUGGCCCAGGGCUUGAUUGAAGUAGAGCGAAAGUUCGUGCCAGGGCCUGAUACAGAGAAACGUCUGCAGGAGUUGGGGGGCACCCUGGUACAUCGGUUUACCUUCCGAGACACGUACUAUGACACCACUGAGCUGAACCUCAUGCGAUCUGACCACUGGCUGCGACAACGAGAGGGUAGCGGAUGGGAACUAAAAUGCCCUGGAAAAGCAGCCAUCCCAGGACCUCAUACUGAGUACAUAGAACUCACAUCUGAACCUGAAAUUGUGGCCCAGCUCCGUGAGCUGCUGGGCGCCGAAGAGCUGGGGGCUGGAAGUGUGGCUGCUGUGUUGGGUUCCCUGGGGCUGCAGGAAGUAGCUAGUUUUGUGACUAACCGAAGUGCCUGGAAGCUGAUGUUCUCUGGAGCUGAAAAGGAGCCAUUGCUCAGAGUAGACUUGGAUACUGCUGACUUUGGCUAUGCUGUGGGUGAAGUAGAGGCCCUGGUACAUGAGGUGGCUGAAGUCCCAGCUGCUCUAGAGAAGAUCCUCAGCCUCAGCAGCAUGCUUGGUGUGCCAACACAGGAGAAAGCACCUGCCAAGCUCAUCGUGUACCUACAGCGCUUCCGGCCAGAGGACUAUCAGCGCUUGCUAGAACCAACACUUUCAGAGAAGCCACGAGGGGCUAAGCAUUCGGACAGGAGCCUGGACUACAAUGUCACUUCCUAGAAGGGGAUGGGAAUUCUGGGUCUUGGUGGCACACAUCUGGGCUCACUGUGCCAGAUCUCUUUCAACAGGGCCUCCUCUCUGUCAACUCUGCCUGUUCUUUCACCCUCUCCUCAGCUACCCUUCCUAAAGCUCUCCCUGGCUGCUGCUUCUCCCUCAUCCGUCAGAUGCAAUCUGUGGGCCGCCCCUCUCCCCUGGCCGCUAAGCAGCCUCCAUUGAUUUCCGCUCGUGUUUAUAGGAUUUCCACUUAGCCGUGAUCAGUAGUUAAGCACAGGAAAAUCCCUUGCCACCCCCCCUCCCUUGGUCGAUGCCAUUGAUUCUGCCAGCGGCUCCGAAACUGCCUUACAGCUGAGUUGGAGAUGAGGGGAGGCAGUAGGGAUUUCCCUGCCUUGGGAGGUAGGGAAUAACAGCAAGGUAGGGGAAUUGGUUGGAAAUUCCUGUUAUGAAUCCAGAAAUUCUGUUUUGAUAUGCUAGUAGGCCUAGUCCUGAUCCAGAGAGAAGUGCUUCCUGUGGCACUUUAACCGCAAAUUUAUUUCCUGACCCAGAGAGGGGCAGAGAGAAAACCAUUGUUAAGACAAUUUCCCAAGGUUCCAGAAGGACUCAUACUUCUGCUUGCAUCAGGAACCUCUUUGCCCUUGCAGUUAUUCAUAUACAUUUUCCAUCUCAAAUAUACUGAAAUGUGGCUUU